AUGGCGGUCGGCGCGGCCGCAGCGGGCACGCAAUCGGAGCCGAUCGGCUACGCGAUAGAGAAAGAGCACGCAAUCGGAGCCCAUCGGCUGCGCGAGCGAGAAAGAGCACGCAAUCGGAGCCGACAGGCUGCGCAAGCGAGAAAGAGCACGCAAUCAGAGCCGAUCGGCUGCGCGAGCGAGAAAGAGCACGCAAGCGGAGCCGGUCGGCUCCUUUUAUUACUUCACACGAAGCGCGUUCAGGCAUUUUUAAUGACAAAAAAGGUGCAAAUGCAAAAA